GGCGCUCGCCUCGCACGCAGACAUCUCCAACUCUGACAGCAACAUUUUCCAUCGAUUGAUCUCUUCAGCGGGACGACAAUAAUUUAAUGGCGAGAAGAGAAGAAGCAGAAGCAGCCACUUCCCCACGCAGUCUGGAGAUUGACGCUCUGCCACCGCCAGUAUAAAAUCUCAUCCCCAUUCUUGGGGGCGGGGCAGAGUCGCUGAGGCAGGGGAGGAAGAAGGCCAAGAAACAGAGCAGCUUUCUUGGCCCUUGUCUAGCCCAGCCUAGCCUAGCUGCGGGGAAGGAAGGGGCCCAUGGAGGUGGUGGCGGAGGCCGGCGCGCAGCAGCCGUGGGACCAGUUCAAGGAGGAGGUGGAGAUCAUGGAGGAGGAACACCGCGGCGGCGCUGAUGCGGUGGAGGAGCUGCUGACCAGGGAGAUCCGGAGGAGGCUGGACCACUCCCACGGCCACGGCAACGGCAACGGCAACGACGCCCACCAUGCCAAUGGCGGAGAAGAAGAAGACCACAGCAGUGGCGGAGAAGAGGAAGAAGAAGACCACGCCAAUGGCGGAGAAGAAGAAGAGGGCGAUGCCAAUGGCGGAGAAGAAGAAGAGGAGGAGGACGAGAUCAAGGUGGCUCCCGAGGAGGAGCACAGGAGUAUCUUCUUGGAUGUAGCCAAAGGGCUAUGGAAGUGCCGGCACUGCGACUGGACGUACCGCUUGGUUACUCCAUGCGAAAAUGGUAUCCUGAACCAUCGGGGCUAUCGCCACGAAAUCGAAUGGAAUCCCAAAUCGUUAGUUCAGAAAGAACCGUUUUACGGUUCGCUGAACAGAGUCCCUGAUAUCAUUACUGAAGUAACUGCCAGUUAUCAUGUCACGGGAACGGUGCGAUCUAGUGCUGAAAAGGAAGACACAAAUGGGACUUUGACUCCGAAAGGCAAAGGGCUUAUAGCACACGAGAAUGGAAAUGCUCAAGAAAUUAAUCAUGGUCCAAGCAAUGGCAAGUUAGAGAAUGGAUCACACUCAAAUGGUUUUGAUCAGGUCCCCAACGGCGCUAAACCUAAGAUAGAAUACAUGUUUGAAAUCAACAAGACUGAAAUUUAUCCAACUGAAGUUGACAAGGACGGACAUGUCACCGAGGCUGAACCAAAGGUCGAAGAGUACGAUCUCGAGAGGAUUUUGGAUCAGCAAGAAACGUAUGACCUGUUCUGUCCCAACUGCACCUCGUGCAUAACCCGGAGGGUCAUCCUGAAGAAGAGGAAAAGGACAGUAAGAACAACACCCACCGAUGAACAGUCAAAGAGACCGUAUAUCGAAGGACAGUUGCCUCCUCUUCCUUUACCUGAUAGGGUUGAGGAAGAAUCACCCGACGUAUUCAGAUGUUUGUCAUGCUUCUCGUUCUUCAUUCCAACAGGAUGCAGUUUUAACAUAUUCCGUAUAUUUCGGAGGAGGGAUGUGGACGGACAACCGGAUGUUCUUCCUCCUCCAGCAUCAGAUGACACGCCUCCCCGGUCUGAAAAUUGCACAAGCUGGCUUUUGUCUUGUUUUCAGCCAGGAGAUAACCCAAACCAACCUGCUCCUGCUGCAGAACCAGCGAUGGUGCCACUGCUGUCCGAUACACAGAGCUCCAACAAUACAACCACAAGAAAUGAAUCUAGCACAUCAUAUGUUCAUGUUAGUCAUGAGACAGUUUUGAAACCAGAGCAUGCGGCAGUCGAAUCACCUUCAAAGAACCAAGCUCCUGCAGAUUCACCAAGGAGUCCACCGUUACCUGAUAUAGAGACACCCAGUGGUACAACCACAACGACAACUGAAACCAACGAAUCAUAUGGCCAGCAUAGUCAUGUCACAGAUGAGUUGAUAGUCAAAUCAUCUUAUCAUACAACCACCACUACAGUCACAUCAGAAACAGAUACCACAUCUUCUACAACCAACACAGGAGCAUCAUCUGAAACAUCAUACUCUACAGGAACUGGUGAAAUGCCUCCCCUGAAUCCUGUCGGUGAUGCUAUCGUUGACGCAACUCAGCACAAGGAUGUUCACAGGACUGUGACGACGACCAUUGAGAAUGGCUUUUCCACCCAGCACAACUCAGGAGUCAAGGUCGAUGGCCCGAACGUGACAAAUAUCCCAAGGGACAAUAUACCAACGUUGCCGAAUCCUCAACCAGCAAACCCAGAUCAUGUUGCGGUAUCAGUCUUUGGAGAUGUGAAUCAGGUUGCUCCUAGACCCCAACAGAGGGAUGACUGGGAUAUACUGAAAGCCAUAGUGUAUGGAGGCUUAGUGGAGUCAAUCACCAGCCUCUCCGUUGUUUCGGCGGCCGCAUCAAGCGGCGCCAAAACAUUGGACAUAAUCAUCCUGGGCAUAGCCAACCUUAUUGGAGGACUUCCUCUUAUCUUCCACAAUGUCGCCGAUCUGAGAGACAUCCGAGACGUGGACGGGAACGACGAGCAGGUCGGCCACUACUGGCUGCAGCUCGGGAGGCGGUCCAAAGCCCGGCUCCACAUGGUCAUGGCCCUGCUCUCAUACAUGGUGUUCGGGCUGCUCCCGCCGGUGCUCUACGGGCUGUCGUUCCGCGAGAGCAACGACCGGGAGAACAAGAUGAUGGCGGUCGCCGGUGCUUCGCUCGCCUGCAUCGCUCUGCUGGCGCUCGGAAAGGCGCGCGUCCACACCAGGACCUACUUCAAGACACUGGUGUACUACCUGGCCAUCGCCGUGAGCUCGUCCGGGCUGUCGUAUGUCGCCGGCGUGCUGAUCACGCGGCUCCUGGUGCACUAUGGGAUCAUCGAGCAAGGCGGUUCGGCUGCUCCUGCUCCUCCAGGGCUUUCGUCGCCGUUCGCUUAUGCCGCCGCUGGUGCAGAGUCGUCUGCAUGGGCCUCAUUCUGAAAAGUCUGAAGUUCCAGGCAGCACUGCUGGUAUAAAAAGAGAAGAGAUGAGCGAGCUCAAGAGAAAGUGCCUGCAACUGCAUGAAGAAACACCUGAAGGCUUCUUUGAGUUGCUGCUACCUGCUAGCUGUUCUGCUGUAGUUUUGUUGUACAUUUGAAGCUCUGAUGCUUCUCAUGGUGAUCUUUGUAAGCAUGUUUGUGAGCAGGAAGAACAAGUUAAGUGUUACAUACUAUAAAAAAAAAUAUGCCAUGUUUUUGAAGAUUGUA